AUGGCAAGAAUCAACUCAUGGACAACAAAAAAAUUGUCUUAUGCAGGAAGAACACAACUAGUUAAGAUUGUAUUGUUUGGAGUGCAGUCAUACUGGGCACAACUUUUCAUUAUUCCUGCAAAGAUAAUUAAAUUGAUUGAAGGUCUUUGUAGAAGUUAUUUGUGGUCAGGGGUUGGUUAUGUUACAAAAAAGGCUCUAAUAGCAUGGGAGAAAGUGUGCUGUCCUAAAUAUGAAGGCGGUAUGGGAUUGAUUAAUAUGAAAGUUUGGAAUAGAGCUGCAAUAGCUAAAUUAUGUUGGGACUUAGCAAACAAAGAAGACAAGCUAUGGAUCAAAUGGAUACAUGCAUAUUAUAUAAAGGGGCAGAGUGACUGGCAGAUGAGAAACCAUGCAAGCUGGAUGAUAAAGAAAGUAAUGAAUGCAAAGCAUAUAGUUGAUCAAGUUCAGCAAGUACAAAAUAAGGGAAAAGGGGUGAUCAGGCAAAUAUAUUGUUACAUGAAAGGUGAGCAACAAAGGCCUGCAUGGAAUUGUCUCAUGUUUAACAAUGCAGCAAGGCCUAAAGCUUACUUCACAAUGUGGAUUAUGAUGAAUCAAAAGCUAGCAACAGUUGAUAGACUAACUCAAUGGGGAGUUGUAGUAGACAAGAUCUGUGUGUUAUGCAAGAAUGCUGAAGAGAGUAUAGAGUAUUUGUGUUUACAAUGUCAAUUUGCCAGGAAGCUGUGGGAGAGACUACUAGGAUGGAUAGACCAACAAAAUGCUUUCCCAAUGUCAUGGGGACAGUUUCUGCAGUGGUGUAUUCAACAUGGGAAAGGGAAGAGUUCAACAGCACAACUAUUCAAGAUUGUAAAGAUUGAAGGCGUCUAUGGUUUGUGGAUUGAGAGAAACAACAGAAUCUUUGAGCACAAGAGCAAAAUGAAGGAAAAUAUAGCUAAAGAGAUAGCCUAUGUAACUAUUGCUAGAGCUUCUUCUAGUAUUACAAAAGUUGUAAGUCAAUGA